AACCCUUGUUUACCGAAAGCAUUCUUAUCGCUCAUGACUUCCCAAAAGAAAAGGAAAGCAACAUUUAUAUCUAAAAUCGGAAACCGACCCAGUGCUGAAGCUUUGCUUUUCGUUAUUUGGCAUGCCGAUUCCUUUCCAAAUCAGGCAUGCCCAGUUGUUGUUCCAUACAACCAGAAGGAAUAAUACUUAUUUCUGCAAUAACAGCUAUAGCUUCAGCAAACCACAACAAACCCAUGACCGGAACGACUUGAAGUUCGUUCAUGGCAAAAAGCUCUUGAAGGAUCUCUCCACUUGGGGUAUUGGUGGCCCUUGUAAGCAUUUCAUUCAAGUUUUCGAUCAGACCCAGCUUGCUUCUGCCAUCAGAUACUGUCAUGAGAAUUCCAUACGGUUUAUUAUCAUUGGUAAAGGCUCAAAUUGUCUAUUUGAUGACUUGGGUUUUGAUGGGUGUGUUAUUCUAAACCGGAUUGACUUCUUAGAAAGGAAGGAGCAUGGUGUUUUCAGAGUCGGAAGCGGUUUUCGGUUUAACAAGUUAGGUAAGCAAUGUUCCAAUGAAGGAUUUGCAGGGCUUGAGUUUGCGGGAGGAAUUCCUGGAACUGUAGGUGGAGCAAUUUUUAUGAAUGCCGGAGCAAAUGGGCAGGAGACUGCCGAUGCUGUUGAGAGUGUUGAAAUCGUUACUAAAGAUGGAAAGUUUCAAAGACUUGAGAGAGCUGAUCUGAGUUUUGGGUACCGGUUAACUCCAUUUCAAACCAUGCAAGAAUUGGCAGCCAUUGUGGCUGUUACAUUUCAGCUUCAGCGCUCGGAAUCAUCAAAGAUGAGGCAGCUUGAGUAUUUGGAGAGGAGAAGAAAAUCUCAACCAAUCAGUGAGCGGACCGCAGGCUCAGUUUUCCAAAAUCCACCAUAUUUGGGAGUUGCAGCGGCCAAGUUAAUCGAGGAAGCGGGGUUGAAAGGUUUUAGAGUUGGAGGGGCAAUGGUUUCCGAAAUCCAUGCGAACUUCUUCAUAAAUUCUGGAGGAUCAACAUCUCAAGAUAUGCUUACCCUCAUUGCUGUGGUUAAGGAAAAGGUUGAUCGGAAAUUUGGUGUACAACUCAAGGAAGAAGUAUUACAUAUUAGUCCUUAUUGUAAUGAUGUAAAACCAAACAAAGAUGUAACAUUUGAAGGAAGAAAAAUAGACACUCAUUGCUUGUAAAGGAAACGCAUAUUUCAAAAUUUUCUUGAAAUGCUUGGAAAGAAAAUCAUUCAGAUAAAUUUCAAAGCUUUGGAACUUAA